AUGGAUGCAGGUCGUGCCAACUGGGAUGAUAACACUACAAAAAUAUUCCUAGACCUCUGCAUUGAUGAGAAGAAUAAGCUCAAUUACGACAAAAGGGGCCUAACCAAGAGGCAAUACAAGGAUUGGAGGAAACUGAAGGACAAGAGUGGUACCGGGUGGAACAACAGUACCCGCACCAUUGAUUGCGAUGAUGAAUGGUGGGCAGCCCGAAUUGAGGAGAAUGAGGCAAACAAACAUUUCCGUGGCAAGGCGUUUCCAUUCUAUGAUGAGUUAACCACUCUUUUCGGGACAACGGACACUGAAGGCGGUCCAAUGUUGUGUGUUGGUGGAAUUGGAGAUAGAACACCAAGCUGUGGAAGUGAAGACAACCCUGACCCAAUGGCGGAUGAAAAUGUUGACUGGUUGGAGGACACUGUUGGACGGUCUAGUGUGGGUCGUGUGUCGCAAAGGUCAGGAAAGGAGCAUGUUGUUGAUAGCCCACCACCCAAGAGAACUAAGAGCAUGGAGUACUAUGUCGAGCGUAUAUCUGAGAGCAUGAUUCAAAGGACUAUGACUGAAAGAAAUCUAAUCAGCCGUGAGGAAGAGGAGCCUGAAGGUAUUCAUGAUGAAUGA